AUGGCUUCACUUUGCAACUACACACACCCAGAACUUCAAAUCACAGAGGGUCUUGUUCGCCACGAUACAGGCAUUCUUUUUCCAUACAAUCCCGAAUUCUACGACACCGCCACAGGACUAUAUGGCCCGGGCGCUAUUUACUGCUGGUACAUGCUCCUCACUUCCGUCUUUGCAAAUUGGUUCUACGGCCACGUCAAUGAGAAGAAACCAACUCUUUCAAGCGAUCUUGUGGGCGCAUUGGCUUAUCCAGCUUUCGCCGCUACGGAUCUCAUGAUACAGUCCAUACGCAUGAUUGGAAUAAAAGAUCGAGCUCUUGCUAUUAGCUGCCUCACGUUUCUUGACAGUGGUCCUCCUGGGCAUUCUUACAGUACCGAGCCACUAGAUAUGAAGGCAAUCCCUCCUGAGGCACUCGAUUUGGGACAGCGUGUGAUUGAUAUUCUGGGGCCUUGCAAGGUCUCAUGGACGGCGGGUAUGUUCCUGUGCCUUCUGGCCGUUUUAUUUAUCAGAUUGGAGAAGGUCCCAGCUCCAAAACUACGAAAUAUGCCGCCAUGUUACCUGAUAAUAUUUGCAAUCUUUACCUACAUAAGCCUAUCGCUUAGCGUCUUCUAUUUCAGCACUGGCGAUCUUGGAGAAGCAUACCUCCUGGUCAUAAUGGAAGCAUUCAACCAAGUGGUUCUUAUGGGAACCUGUGUUUUGACGGCCCUGGAAGUGGCAGUCAUACCUGCAUACCUUAUCCUCCUCACGUCAGCUUGGAGAGAAGGAAACGACGAGAAGAUGCGAGAGGCGCUGAAGACUCUCAAGGAUGGGGUUCUUCUCCUGAUAUUAGCUCUUGGGCCGGCAUUCUGGAUCAUCUUCGAACUCGAAAUGAGUAAUGUUCCCGACUUGGGUAUUCGAAUUACUGAGCGAGAUCAACUGGCGACUUUGAUUGUCGGGGUUGUUACGUUGAUCUAUACGAUUUUGGAUCUUCUUGAUAUUAUUCCUGGGCCGGUGGAUGUCGCGGUCGCCGAGGAGGCGAUGGAGAUGCUGCCACCGUCAAACGAUGAGGCAGAUCUUGUUUAUAGUCCCAUUGGUCCUCUCUAA